AUGUCCAUCUACUCCAAGUUACAAAUCGAACCUGCCGACCCCAUCAUCAAAGUGAUGGUCAGAUCCGCCCAGGACUCCAGUCCUGACAAGGUGGAUGUCACCAUUGGAGUCUACAAGGACGAGGAUGGUUCUUCGUUGACCUUCCCUGUGGUCAAGAAGGCAAAGGAGAUCUUGCACACCAACGACCCUGGCCACAGCUACACUACCAUGCAGGGUAUUCCCGAGUUCAACAAGGGUGCCAGAGAUGUGGUUUUCGGAGAGUACGGAAAGAACGACAACAUCGUCACCAUCCAGACCAUUUCCGGUACCGGAGCCAUCUACAUGGCCACCAACUUCUUGACCGAAGCUGGAUGGAAGGACUACUACGUGGGAAACCCAGCCUGGUCCAACUACUACCAGACCAUUGACUUUGCUGGUGGAAAGGCUCACACCUACACCCACUACGACGAAAAGGCCCAGAAGAUCGACUUCGACUCGUUGUUGGAGGCUUUGAACACCGCACCAGCCAACUCGAUCUUCUUAUUGCAGACUUGUUGCCACAACCCUACUGGUGCCGAUUUCUCCAAGGACCAGUGGAAGACCAUUGGUGAGUUGAUGAAGAAGAACAAGUUGAUCCCAAUUCUCGACACCGCCUACCAAGGCUUUGCCACUGGUGACAAGUAUGAGGAUGCCUGGCCAGUCAGAUAUUUCUACGAGUUGAACAUCGAUUUCCUCGUGUGUCAGUCAUUCUCCAAGAACUUGGGUUUGUACGGUGAAAGAACCGGUGCUUUGCAUGUGGUUGUCCAAGACCGUAACCUCCUUCCAAACGUUACCAGUACUUUGUUGGCUUUAUUCAGAAAAAUCUGUUCUUUUGCCCCAGCCUGGGGUGCCAGAAUUGCUGCCGAAGUCUUCAAGUCGGAAGAAUUGACCAAGGAAUGGGACCAAAACGUUGCUGAUGUCACCAAGAGAUUGAGGACCAUCAGAGAAAAGGUCCACCAAAAGUUCGUGGAAUUGAAGACCCCGGGUGACUGGAGCCCAGUCCUCGUACAAACCGGAUUAUUCUGGUACUCCGGUUUGACUGAAGACCACAUCGAACAAUUGGCAGUCCACCACCACGUUUACGCUACAACCUACGGUAGAAUCAACGUCUCUGGUUUGAACGAUGCCAAUAUCGACUACUUCUGUAGGGCUGUCGAUACCGUUGUCAGAGGAAGUGCUAACUAG